UAGAAAAUGAGAUAAGGGAUUGCGUUGAUGGAAAUGCAACGACAAUGGCGAGUGAGAAUGAGGACGAUGAGAAAUUUGUAAUCAAUCUAAACAAAGAUGUUAUUAAACGAGUUGAUGGUGGGAACUUAAUGGAGAUGGAUAAAACCUUUCAACAAUUAAAGACACAUCUAAUUGAUAUGGCUUAUGGUGCAAGUAGUAGUAGUUGUGAUCAAAUUUUGGCUAAAUUUGAGGAGAAUUAUACUACAGUGAAAGGUCUCUUCCUUAGGUCAAGCGGAAAACCUUUGAGAAUGCACGAGGAAGGAACGAAGAAUGACAUGCUCUCAUGCGAGAGAAGUUUGGAAGAUACAAACAAUAUGAAUGUGAAUGAACAUUAUCUUCACACUUUGUCAAAUGAGAAGUUAUGCACCGAGGACUUGAAUGAAAAGAAUGAAGAUGCAUGUGCUACAUCAAUUGAAGUGCAUAUCAUUCCAGACGAAAAUCAAAAUAUUUUACCACUUCCAAUCAAAAGGAGUAGAAGAGAUUAUGGAAAGGAACCAUUACGAGCACUAUGUGGUUAUCCUAAUCAUGUCAUGAAAACACGUUCAUCAAGGGAGAGGAAACCAAGUAAAUUCAAGGUCUCCCCGUUUGUACACAAAUUAAGGAAGAUGGUAAAACGUGAAGCAUCAGAGAUAUCCUCAUCUCUGACCAGUCAUCAAGAAAAUUGUUUAAUGGAAGUUCUCAGGAGGUGUAAGAAGGCAAUAGGAUGGCAAAUAUCUGAUUUGAAAGGCAUUAGUCCUUUAGUUUGUACUCAUCAUAUAUAUAUGGAGGAGGAAGCAAAGCCAAUUCGUCAAUUUCAAAGAAGGUUGAAUCCUCAUCUACAAGAGGUGGUGCGAACUGAGGUGCUAAAGCUACUUCAAGCAGGAAUCAUUUACCCUAUAUCUGAUAGCCCUUGGGUGAGUCCUACUCAAGUGGUACCAAAGAAGUCAGGGAUCAUAGUGAUUCAAAAUGAAAAAGGGGAAGAAAUUACUACACGCCUCACUUCAGGUUGGAGGGUGUGUAUUGAUUAUAGAAAGCUGAAUGCUGUCACCAGGAAAGAUCAUUUUCCAUUGCCAUUUAUUGACCAAGUGUUGGAGAGAGUCUCUGGACAUCCAUUUUAUUGUUUCUUGGAUGGGUAUUCAGGGUAUUUUCAGAUUGAAAUUGAUUUGGCAGAUCAGGAAAAAACCACUUUUACAUGUCCAUUUGGAACAUUUCCUUAUAGAAGAAUGCCUUUUGGUUUAUGCAAUGCACCUGCUACAUUUCAAAGAUGUAUGUUGAGUAUUUUCAGUGAUAUGGUGGAGAGAAUUAUGGAGGUUUUCAUGGAUGACAUCACCGUAUAUGGAGGUACAUUCGAGGAGUGCUUGGUUAAUUUGGAAGCAGUUCUUCAUAGAUUUGAUAAAGCAAAGGUGGAGCUUAUUGCCAAAUUACCAUCUCCAACAACUGUAAAAGGAGUAAGGCAGUUCCUUGGCCAUGCAGGGUUCUAUAGGAGGUUUAUAAAAGGUUUUUCAAGUCUUUCAAAACCUCUUUGUGAGCUGUUAGCUAAGGAUACUAAGUUUAUAUGGGAUGAAAGGUGUCAGCAUAGCUUUGAUCAACUGAAGAAAUUUUUAACAACAACUCCAAUAGUUAGAGCCCCUAACUGGCAAUUACCUUUUGAACUGAUGUGUGAUGCCAGUGACUUUGCUAUAGGAGCUGUGCUUGGCCAAAGAGAAGAUGGGAAGCCCUAUGUGAUUUACUAUGCAAGUAAAACACUAAAUGAAGCUCAGAGGAACUACACAACUACAGAGAAAGAAUUGUUAGCUGUGGUAUUUGCUUUAGACAAAUUUCGAGCUUAUUUAGUGGGGUCUUUCAUUAUUGUCUUCACUGACCAUUCAGCCCUAAAGUAUUUAUUGACAAAGCAAGAUGCAAAAGCAAGGUUGAUUAGAUGGAUUCUUUUGUUACAAGAAUUCGAUCUUCAAAUCAAAGAUAAGAAAUGAGUGGAGAAUGUAGUAGCUGACCACUUGUCAAGGUUAGUUAUAGCACAUAAUUCCCAUCUCUUACCUAUCAAUGAUGAUUUUCCUGAAGAAUCACUCAUGUUCCUAGUGAAAACUCCUUGGUAUGCUCAUAUUGCUAAUUAUUUAGUGACUGGUGAAAUUCCAAGUGAGUGGAAUGCACAGGACAGGAAGCACUUCUUCGCCAAAAUUCAUUCUUAUUAUUGGGAAGAGCCCUUUCUCUUUAAGUAUUGUGCAGAUCAGAUUAUUAGGAAGUGUGUCCCUGAAGAUGAGAGUUGUGAUAGAUGCCAAAGGCUUGGAAAGCUAACAAAAAGAAAUCAAAUGCCUAUGAACCCCAUUCUGAUAGUUGAGAUAUUUGAUGUAUGGGGCAUUGGCUUCAUGGGACCUUUCCCAAUGUCUUUUGGUAAUUCUUACAUCUUGGUGGGGGUGGAUUAUGUUUCUAAAUGGGUUGAGGCAAUCCCCUGUAAGCAAAAUGAUCACAGGGUGGUUCUCAAGUUUCUUAAAGAGAACAUUUUCUCAAGAUUUGGGGUGCCCAAAGCUAUAAUCAGUGAUGGAGGUGCUCAUUUUUGCAACAAACCUUUUGAAGCCCUGUUAUCCAAGUAUGGAGUGAAGCAUAAGGUGGCCACACCUUAUCAUCCUCAGACUUCCGGGCAAGUUGAGCUAGCUAACAGGGAAAUAAAGAACAUCUUGAUGAAAGUGGUGAAUUCCAACAGAAAAGAUUGGUCUAUUAGGCUUCAUGAUUCAUUGUGGGCAUAUAGAACAGCUUAUAAGACUAUUCUUGGGAUGUCUCCUUAUCGUCUUGUUUAUGUGAGCCACGCCGUCCGAGCCUCCGGUCAUCCUCUCAAAUCAUCAACGUCGGCCAAAGUUUCAGUAUCCCAAAAUGGCGCGAACGCGAGGAGCUAA